AUGCACUUGCAGAUGGAGAGGCUGGCCAAGAUGACUCGGAAUGUGCAGCUUUCCUACAGAUUCAUGAUCGCUGGUGGUGGCGUGGUGGUUGUCGGCAUCGGCUACGUUAUCAUCAACUGGACAAUUUUUCGUUCGCACGUCUCACAGGAGUCAGCCGAGGUUGUCUCCCAGACCAUGAGGGAUGCGCAGGUGCAGUUCACUGCUCGAGAGUUCUCGAAGGAGCUGCUCAACCAGUUGCUGCAUGAUGAAGAAAUGACCAAGACUGUGGCGUCCUGGACUUUGCGGCUUCUAACCUCCAUACAGGAGGAGAUCGGAGCUCUCUUUGUCCACAUCCUGCAGCAGGAUCAGGUUGUGGAUGAAGUGAACCGACUGGCGGACAAGCUCGUAGCUUAUCUCUGCGCGAGCCAGACGAUCCAGGAGCGUGUCGGCGGUUUGUUGGUGGACGCCAUCAACCUCCAGUCCUCGCGGGAUGCCGCGGCUAUCUGGGCGUACGACUUGGUCAUGCGCGAGGAUGUUACCGAAGGCUUCCGAGACUUGGUGGUGGCAGCGCUGCAGAUGGAUGCUGUGGUGGAGGAGGCGCAGCAAUUGGCGGUGCAGGUGGUGAACAGAGUUCUUUCCGACGAAGGCACCAUUCUAGAGGCCAAAAAAGUGCUUCGCGAUGCCCUCGAAGACCAAGAGCUGCGCAAUUCUGCCAAGGAGUCGCUCUGGAGUAUCGUGAUCCCCUGGGGUUCCAGAUCAAGUCCCGACGAGGUGAAGCGUGCGGUGCGUUUGGCAGAGGAGCUCGCGUCCCUGCCCGCGCUCAACGACGACGAGCGGGCAAGUCUUCGGUCCUUGCAGAUGCGGCUGAGAGCCGAAGGAAGGAAGGGUUCCAAUUCCGCUUCGGAGGAGGCUAAGAAGGCGCAGCGGGCAGACAAAAGGACGGAUGCAGGAGACAAGCCGGAAGCCUCGGCACCUGUGCAGGCUCAGCCGGUCUCACCGGCCAAAGAAGCUGGGCAGGUGCGGCCGUUGGAAUUGACGACGCAGCAACUAAAAGCUUUAAAGGCACCGGAGCCUUCAGGUGAAGACUUGUCCUCCAAAGCUUCCAAGGAGGCGACGGAGAAAGUGGCCGAUAGCGUUUCAUCAUCUCCGUAUCCAGAGGAGGUACGGCAACAGGACGUGCGCAAAGCUGAAGACCAGCAGGCGCAGUGA